AUGGAUACUAUUAACCUUUCUUUAACUGAUUCGACAACAACAAUUGAAGAAGAAUCAAAAACUGAUAAUCAAGUUCCGGUAAACUAUGAAUUAAUAAAAGAUCAAAUAUUUGAUGUUGGCCCACGUUAUACAAAUUUAAAAUAUAUUGGUGAAGGUGCUUAUGGUAUGGUUGUAGCAGCUUAUGAUAAUGAAACAUGUCAACGAAUUGCAAUAAAAAAAUUAUCUCCAUUUGAACAUCAAUGUUUUUGUCAACGUACAUUACGUGAAAUAAAAAUUUUAGCAAGAUUUAAACAUGAAAAUAUUAUUAAUAUAUUAGAUAUUUUACAUUCAAAUGUAUAUGAACAAAUGAAAGAUAUUUAUUUAGUACAACAAUUAAUGGAAUGUGAUAUGUGUAAAUUAAUUAGAUAUCAAAAACUAAGUCCAGAACAUGUUUGUUAUUUACUAUAUCAAAUUUUACGUGGAUUGAAAUAUAUUCAUUCAGCUAAUGUACUUCAUCGUGAUCUUAAACCAUCAAAUAUAUUAUUAAAUACAAAUUGUGAUUUAAAAAUAUGCGAUUUUGGUUUAGCUCGAGUUGCAGAUCCAUCAUUUGAUCAUAAUGGUGUACUUACUGAAUAUGUUGCAACAAGAUGGUAUCGAGCACCAGAAAUAAUGCUCAAUGCUCGUGUUUAUAAUAAACCAAUUGAUAUAUGGUCCGUCGGAUGUAUACUAGGCGAAAUGCUUGACGGAAAACCAUUAUUUCCUGGUAAACAUUAUAUUGAUCAACUCAAUUUAAUUCUUAAUGUUGUUGGUUCUCCAGAUGAACAUGAUUUAACAUCAAUUGUGAAUGAAAAAGCACGAAAUUAUAUAGCUAGUUUAAAACCUCGUAUAAAACAACCUUUUACUGUUCUUUAUCCUCAUUCAGAUAAAAAUGCAUUAGAUUUACUUGAUCGUUUAUUAACAUUUGAUCCAAAUAAACGUAUUAAUGUAUCUGAUGCACUUGCUCAUCCAUAUUUAAAACCGCAUCAUGAUCCAAAUGAUGAACCUAUUGCUAAACAUCCAUUUACUGUUGAAAUGGAAAUGGAUGAUUAUCCAAUAUUAGAAUUAAAACAAUUAAUAUGGUAUGAAGCAAAAUUAAUUAAAAACCAUAUUUCAUCACAACAAAUGCCUAUUACACCAUAA